AUGGUGGAAAACGCUGAAGUUCCGGUCAAGGAGAGUUUGAAAUACCUCGGCGUCACAGUGGAUAGUCGAUGGACGUUCAGACAGCACUUUUUAGCAACAGGCGAGAAACUUAAGAAGACGGUGGCUAAACUCUCAAAGAUUCUACCCAACUUAGGAGGCCCCAGUAGCAGGGUACGGCGCUUACAUGCCACAGUAGUGGAUUCCAUAGCUCUCUACGCGGCCCCCGUGUGGACCGACAAGGUAAUGAAAGACAAAAGGAUCCAGAAUGACCUGAAUCAAAUACAAAGGAAAAUAGCGUGCAGAACGAUCAAAGGCUAUCGAACUAUUAGCCACACGGCCACGACCAUCCUUGCUGGUAUUCCCCCUCUCUUUCUCAAAGGUGAUAUGUACACUGAGAUUUAUGAAGAAGUUAAGGAGUACAAAGCAGGCGGACGUAGAGAAGUUCCUACACGUGCCAUGACUUACACGUCAUUCGAAGGCACGCAAAGGAAGGAUUGUUCAGGAAAUGGGAGGAGUGGAUGA